GAGAGCGGCCACGAUAUCAUCUUCAGAGAGCCGCGCGCGCGUGCCACCGAUCGCUCGGCACUCUCGCGCGAGAGGCGGCCGGAAUUAUAUCUCGCGGGUUCUCGUCGCGCGAGUUCUUCGCACGGCGCGCGACGCUGCGCGGCGGGUACCAGGCACGCCGGGAAAUACGCGCGCGCGAUUAGAAGAGACGGAGCGCGGAGCGCGCGUGGAAAUUCCAGCGAUUCGCGGCGAGCGAGCGGUUUCCUCGGAGAAAAAAAUUAACGGGGAUACCGCCGCCGGCAAAUGCUGUCGUCGGCGGUGUCGUCGGCGGUGACAAAAGUCGCAGCCGGACAGAUAAGGAUCCCGCGAGUGCACGCAAUCGAUAUUGGAGCUGCGAAGCGGUGACGCGCCCGAAGGUCGCGCCAGCGACGCAGCGGCGUGCACGCGUGAUCCGACCGACUGACUCGCGCACGCGUGCGCGAUAUCGGAGCACGCGGGAGAGUAUUUCGGCCCGAAAGCCGAACGCACACGGCGCGCGUGUGUGCGUGAGGCCGAAUCGUUCGCGGAAUCGCAAACGAGUCUCCGCGUCCGUGAUCUCGGCGGGCUCUCUGUCGCCCGUGCCCGUCGCGCAGCCGAGUCUCGCGCGACUCGCCGCUACAGUCGCAGCUUGUCGCUUUGCCAGGAGAAAGCAGAAUUAAUUUGCGCUCAAUUGCGCGGCUCGCGCUUCUCGGCACGGAUUGCGCGCGGUGCUGAACUUUAAAAUUGGAAUCCCGAAAUGUGAGAGGAGAUACAUUUAGGAGACUAAGGUUCGACGUAGUAGUCGUGGGAUACACUUCGCGGAAAAUAAACGUGACGAAAGGUGUGAGGCAAGGGUGAUGAGGGAGUGGUCCACGCGUGUAAAGUGCAAUUGCGAGGGCGUUCUAAUAAGACCAGGUCGGAAUAGCACCUGGUGAAUGAAUCGUGACGAGGGAACGACAAAGAUACGGAACGGCGUAAAGUAGAGUAAAGUGCGGAGUAUCGAGCUGAUAAGAUCAUUCGCGCUGCUGGAUCGGCGCAGAGGCGGGUGAGGGGCCAACCGGCACUCUUGGACGAUUGUCGCGGUCUUGGAGGCAACUCUCGAGGCUGGAAAUGCCGCUUGUAAUGCACUUCUGAGUGCAGCGUGCGUCCGCUGCUCUUCGUGUACGUUUGAAAGCGGACAUCGGCAACCUCGCGAAAGCGCCGUAACGCGGUUGCGACGCCAUCGAUCCGAUACCCGGAGGAAACGCCCGAGAUUCACCUAAAAACAAAGUUUCCAAGACCAGCUGAUAACCACGUGAAAACCACGUGAAAACCACGUGAAGACGUUCUUCAAGUAAUCGUCCCUGGAAACCAGAUCACCGCUUACCACAUAAAGUUAGGGGAAACCCGAACAAUGGCGAACAUGGCAUAUACCAGCAGAGUUUCGCCACUCCGGAUCGAGAAGCGAGUGCUGCAGCGCGUCUCGAUUACGGAUUGCUCAUCCGUCAGUUCCCUGGAGGAGGACAGUGGAUCGGCCGAGUCCGAGGAUAUGUCCAUCAGCCCGGACACAUCCUGUCGCUCGAGUGCGGACGCGGACAAGAGUUUUGAUCUCGAAGAGGACUUUCGCAAGAAACUCGACAAGUUCGACGACAUAAUCGAGAAGAUAGAGAAUCUGCGAUUUGCGCGCAACAGCGACGACAAGUUCGACGACAUAAUCGAGAAGAUUGAGAAUCUGCGAUUCGCACGCAACAACGACGACGACGAUGACGGCGCGAACGCUAAUGAAAACGUGCGUGGAACACGUCGCGUCAGUCGUGAGAAUGUGGACAAUAUCGAGUAUCGGAAUACCUACAAGUUACAAACAUAUCAUUGCAUCGAUAGCGAGGAUAUAAAUAAUAACGAGGACAUCGUCACGACUGAUGACAACAACAAAAGCUGCCUGCUUAACAUAUAUAACGAACCCGGUGACGAGGAAGGGCGAGAAUCCUUAGACGAUCGCAAUUCAGUAGACAACGACUCGGAAGUCGAGCGGGAGCAACGACACGAAGACUCUGACGACUCCGACCUGAUCGAGCGCGGACCGAUCAAACCCGACUACCAACCCCUUCGUGGACACCCCUAUUCCAUGGUAACCUGCCUGUCGCGUGUGACUGACAGUGCGAACGUGGCCCACGUGGACUACGACAAGACAGCCGAGCAGAUCCUGAGAAAUAAGGACUUCAGCGAGAAACUAAAUCCCUGCUUGGAUCAGCUAUCGAACUCGAAUCGCAAUCAGUCGUCGAUCGGGACGAUAGUUGGGAACCUGGCGUUGAAUGCCGAAUGGAUCGGAGAGAAAGCUGAUGACAUGUACCGUAGUGAUCUUGCCAACGAUACCGCGGCACUUCCCUCGAUAAUCGUCAACAAUCCGGACGAGGAGUACUUGAUGAACAUCCUGUCGCGUGGUGGUUUCCAAGCCGCGGUACUCUCUGAUACCGGCAGUCACUCGAUUCCUUCGCCGAGUGCGAAAACCUGGUCCGACUCUCCGGCGAGCAGCUAUAACUACGUCGUCUCGAGGUCGAACAGUCGGGCGUCGAGUCGCGCCCAAUCGCCCGGUUCUGGUAUAAACUUGGAGUCGCCGCAGAUGCACGUAAACGUCAUCGGUAGCCCGCUCGGUUCACCGCAGAUCGCAUCGACUUACCGAGUGCCGCAAGCGUUGUCCUCUUCAUCUUCGUCCUCCAAUCAAUCCUAUGGCGACGCGUCCAGCCCGUUGAAUUAUCAGACACCUCUCAACUAUCAGAUCGAGAAACAGCUUGGCGAAUCUGAUUGGAAGGGACUCUACGAUUCCUCGGGAACGAUCGUCAACAGCAGUGACACUCUCGACUGUACAUUGCUUCAGCUCGUGGAACAGGUCAUAGAGGAGGAUAAGCAACGCAAGGUGCUGAAGGAACCGCAGUUGGCCUCGAAUGCCCCUUGCUUCUCGUCGAUUUACAACAACCGGUGCGCGUCGGUGCGGACAUUAUUGGAGAACAAUCUGAGCCUUGCAUCGCACGAGCGUCCCGUGAACAACAUGCGGAACGAUAAGCCGGAGACUUGCCUGAACAUGCCGGCGAACACGAAUGCCAAUCUUGUCGGCAACCUGCCCAUCGAUGAUGGUCUUGUCUCGGUUUACACGAACAAGGAGAACACCAGUGGAUGUACCUUUGUGAGUCGCACGAUCAACAAUCAUGCGACGAAUCUGGAGCAAAGGUAUUAUGAGCCGGCUAUGAAGAAUGCUCAGGUCAACGUGACGCAGCAUAAUGGUUUGCAUGACAUCGGCCUGAACGGCGAGGUAUCCGUGAAGACGAACGAGCAAAGUUUGCGCACGUCGCAGGAGAAGUAUGCAAUGUUUCACACCACCGGCGAAGAGAAGAGGUAUAACCAGCCAUCAUCGCAGACGUUCGUGCCCAACGAUUAUCAGAUCCCGACGAUAGUUUCUUCAUUCAUGUCCAGCCACCCGCAAAGUCGAGGCAUAGUACCGUGGCCGUCGCUAAAUUUACCAUCUGUGAGAGCGAGCGAGAGAUUGAAGGAAGGAUUACAUCCUAAGGAAGUGGAAAGAGCCAUGAGUAAUCUCCUAAAGAAAUCCGUAGAAGAACUAGCGGCCGCCGACGGGGAUGGUGACACGGCACUGAUGUGUCUGGUGGGUAAUCCGGAAGAGUUAACAAAGAAGAAAGCGUAUCUGGCGCCGUUAGUCGAGAGAUUGGGCAACAUGCCGGGCGCUCUGUCGAUGAUGAACAAUCGCGGCGAGGACGCUUUGUACUUGGCCGCCAUGAAUUGUCCGGAAAUGCCGUACGUCACCGGAUAUCUGGCCGCCGCAAUGCUGCAGAAGGGGAUCAAUAUCAACCAAAAGUUAUAUCACAACGGUGACACGCUGAUACACUCAGUAGCGGCACGUGGCGAUUCCCACGGAGAAAUCUUGGCGGAGUUGUUAGCAUCGAAGACGCUACAAGGAAGUCCAGUUUUCGACCUGUCCAAGUGCAAUUACAACGGAAGAACCGCUCUUCACAUAGCAGUUGAAUCACACGACCCAGUCAGACGAGGCAUCAAGUCCUUGGCCACGACGCGUCUGCUCUUGGAGAACGGCGCUGACCUCAUGGUGAAAGAAAGCAAGUGUGGCGACACCGCUUUACACAUGGCAGCAUCAUUGAGUUGUGAUCCCGCGCUCCUGAAGGUGUUGCUGUGCAAGGCUACUCUGAAUGUGAACGAGAUUAACUACAUGUACAACACGCCGCUGCACAUGGCCGCCGCAGUUUCGAGUACCGUGAACUUCGAAAGACAGAAGGAAGUCUGCCGGCUCCUGAUACAAGCCGGAGCUCAGACGAACAUACAAAAUCGACAGGGGAAGACGCCUCUGGCGCUCGUGUCACCGGACAGGAAGGAAGCGAUCAGGAGGAUAUUCUACAAGAAAUCGUAAUGCCGAUAAGAGACGCGAAAGUGAGUUUGAUCGAGCUCGCGAGUUCUACAAAAGACUGAUCUUCACGGAAGUUUGAUUCAGGAGCAUUUCUUUCUCUUUUUGGACUCCUUAAUGCUUUCCGCUCUAUCUCGUGAACGUGCUUCACAAGAUCCACACCGUUCAUCGUGAACGAACUUUUAAAGACUGGUGACUUAAGCCGUUGGUUACAGUGGUGACUUAAGGAAAAUCACUAAUGAUACGUAACGUUGUCGUGGAACAGCCAGGAAAUUUAUCGUAAUCCGUAUUCGGAUUGUGAAUCAAUGAGAAGAAUGGCGUCUUAAUGGCGCUAAAGCAAUUUUAUAAUCGCGCAGUUCACUCGAUGCCGAACGCGUAAUAGCUAUAUAUAGUUCUAAAUAUCGACAAUUGAUGCUCUCCUGCAAUUGCGAAUGCGAGAAAAUGUAAAGUUUAUUUGUCUUUCUUUGCAGAAUAGCAUUUAUUGUGCACGUUACAAUCUGGUGAUACGCAGCAUACGAUAGCAAAAGAGACUAAAAUCAAAUGAGAGAAUUAAGCGAGAGGCAAGAAAUGCGUUUCAAAAUACGUCGCCAUAUUUUUUAACUUUAUGUAAUUAAUUGUUAUUGCUUUUCAUUGUAUUAUAAUUGUUGCGUAACCAUUUUUGCGCUCGGAUAAUAUCGAAGUGAAUAUCCGAUAUCUCACAAAUGCCUUACCAGAACGUAACAUUAGCUAUGUCCAAUAUUUCACUCAUCUAUUCUAUAAUUCUUGUGAUUUUUUUCAUAUGAAUCGCUUGAAUUCUUAAUGUCAAAUGGAAGCACAUACAAAAAGCAUUUUAUUCAGUUGUUCAAAGUUGUUACGUGAUACCACAGCCGCAGGAAGACCAAACCGCGAUAUUAUCACAUUGCUUUAAUAUAAUAGCUUGGUUUUAAUAUCCAACACUACUGACAAUGUCUUUCUCUGAUUGUACAUAUCGUUUAUUAAUAUAUUCUUCACUUGAGGUAAGAACGUUUAGAUAUGUAUUAAUAUUUAGCCAUCAACGCUCAUGUACAUAGUACGAAUCGUGCACCAAAAAAGUUUGCUCCACGAAGCGACCGCAUUUUCCUUAACUGCUCUUUUCGCGCUUUUGUCGACUACUAACAUUAUAAAAACGAUGUUAAGGUCUCAGGAAGAAAUUUGAAAAAUUUCUUUCUUUCUGCCUUCAUUUAUUUAAAUAUACGAUAUAAGGAAACGAAGCGCUAAAUCAACAGCUACGAAAUUGUUACGUGGAACAUCGAAUAUGAAUACUGCUACAACAUAGGAAAAUGUAUUGUAAUUCUUGGCGUCGGUGUUGCUACGUGUCGGAAAAUCGUAAGUCAUUACAAUGUGCGCAUGAUGACUCCGAUAACGGCGUAGAAGAGGGAUUGUGUCGCGGAGCGUGCGUUGCGCGUGUAAAUGCGAGUUUUGUCGAGCGUGCAUCGGUACCAGAAGUGUGCUACAUUAGCAUAUAUGUAAAUCACCAAAUACAUUUUUAUACAUGAUAA